AUGCCAGACAAGAAACCUGUCGCUAACGAGGUGUGGCUCAAGGUCAUCGAGUGGCUUGAUCCAAAGGCGCUGAAGAAUGCUCGGCUGGUCAACAAAGCAUGGAGAGACUUUGCUACACCUCAUCUAUUCCGCACGGCGAUCUUCAGUCCGGAGCCCCUCAAUGUCAAGAACUUGCGGAAGCUGGCGAGGACCGAGCAUCUUGCAAAAUUCGUUGAAGUCCUUCACCUUGACUGCACCACAACAAUGCCGAAGAUGGUAGAACCCUACGCCGUAGCAGCAUCAAACUACUUCGCCAAGGUCUUCGCGCUAGGAGAGCAAAAGACCGGUCCGCUAUGCGCAGCUAAUCUCCUCGAAGUCCUCCAGACCGACUCCUCCGCGCACCUGAACCACAAGUAUCUCACCGGCAAACCUCGAGGUCAUUUCAUUGCUGGCUUCACGCUAUACAACGCUCGAUUCUCAUACGCCGACCGAAUGUCAAGGGCUGACGAGGUAUACGCCCAACUCGUGUAUGUCACAAGCAAGUUCAUCAAUUUGAAGCAUGUGGGCACGUUGUCAUACUGGACGACAUCAAAGGAGCCGUAUCAGGAUGACUUCAAGCAAUAUCUCAUAAACAAUUUGCCCAGAAAGAGCAUUGACCUAAUCUCGGGCAUCAAUCCGCCGCCUGGGUUAGUCGCAACCACUAAGACAAUCACUAGUGGAUCGAAUCGUCAGAGAACCUUCACGAGUGCUUUCGGUGCUCCAGGUGCGGCUGCACGCGGUCUCCACGUCAUGAUCCUACCGCCUUCUUACAGCGCCUGUUCCCACGACACUCACACUCACGAGAUCAUCAAUGGUGCGCUCCGGGCUCUUCGCAAGAACAAUUUCAGGCUAGUAUCGCUUUUCUUGCCCGGCCCCGAUGAGCUGGAUCAUACCAAAGCUACCGAAAAACGCGAUGGCAUUGUACCUCUACCCAGUCUGCUUGAAGGUGUUCAAUCGAAGACCUCGAGCCUAGUCCUCCCUCUGUUCCGAACCUUGAAAGUCCUGGAGCUCAACAUCGACUUCGUGCACGGUGGAAACACUUAUCGAUCCAGACGUGGGUUCUAUGCACCGCUGGACAGUAUCAGAAACGCUAUUCAACAGAUGUCGCAGCUAGAGUCGUUGAGCAUCGGAGCCCCGAAGGCGCUUCUCGGCGACCACUCCGUCUGGGAUCUCUCAAAACUUCUGCUCUUCAAGGAGGCUGACUACCCCGAAGUCGAUGAAGAAGACGAUGCUGGUGAUGACGACGCCGAUUUUGGUAUUCCCCCGCCAGAAAUGUCACAGUUUUUGAACAUGAUGCUUGGUGGCAUCUUGGCCGGCACAGCUCCUGGCAACAACAAUCCCGCACCAACAAACGGUUCCAGCUCGCAACCGGCUGCAUCUUCCGCUGCAUCAAUGCUGGGCUCGAUGCCGCCGGUUCAACUCGGACCUGCAGUCGUUGCCGGCGUGGAAACUGUGACUGCGAACGGAGCAACUACCGCGCAUGCCCUGCCACCAAUCGCCAUACCGCCCAUCGAUAUGUCGCAGCUUCUAGGCACUUCUCAAGGUCCAGGUUUGUCCAACCGCAGGACUUCUGCUACACCACUUAAGCCGAAUCCUUGGCCAAAGCUCAAAUACCUCUCGCUCUGGAAUUUGCCUGCAUCGCCGCAGCAGCUCUCGCGCCUAGUCAAGACCGUAAAAGGCUCUCUCAAGGUUCUGAAACUCGACAACAUCCACUUUGGGCCAGUUCCAACCCCACUGGAUCUUUCGAGAGGGCAUCAUCACCCGCACCACAAUCAUACUGAAUCUGAAGCUCCAGAGCCCUCCGUGGAUGGCUCCGAGAACGAGUCCGACGGUGGCGAUGAGGAUCUUCCCGAACUCCUCGACACUGAAGACGCCAGUCUCUCAGCUUCGCAUGUUGCGAAUACUUCAGAGGCCGCCCCAGUCCACGAAGUCCCGUCGUCUUCCGGUGUUCCACAAACCGGUCCUGCUUCAGCUCAACCAAAUGGUCAAUCUCAACUUCAAUCCAAUGUGCAAACUCAAACUCAACCGCAGGGCCCUCCCCAACCUCAAACAGACGGGAACCAAUCCACGACUACGUCAACUAAGCCGGAAGCAGGCAAAGCGUGGCUCGAAACAAUCGAGAUGCUCGCCGAUGAGCUGAGUCUUGACGAAUGCAGCAUCGUCUUGCACCCAACUGAAGAGUACGAGGUUUGCGACGCGUUGGCGAAACAGCUGACUGUCAAUGUCUGGGAGGAGAUGGGGCCUUUCAGCAUCGAGAUCUCUCGCUAUCUUCUCGGAGGCAACGGCAUAGGCUUUCCACUGCACACGGCGAAUAGGAUCCAGCAGAUCAGUGAGGGUGGUGACGAAGAGA